AUGCUCUACAGUCAUGUCACACUUCUCAUGCUUCGCGUCGUCGACGUCGUCGCAAAAACGACAGUACAGCAGUCGGCACGAAUGCUUGUCGCUGAAAUUCACGGGGAAAUACAGAUCGGUGCAUUAUUUCCAAUUCAUCGUCAAAUCGCCGGAUCUGAGAGUUGUGGAGAGAUAUGGGAGCAAUACGGAAUACAACGGUCGGAAAUAGCAAUGCACACAGUAAAUAAGCUAAACGAAGAGUUACCAUUUAAAUUAGGUUUAUCUAUACGAGAUUCUUGUUGGACAGAACGAAUAGCAAUGGAACAGACAAUAGCGUUUUUAAGAGAAGGAGUUGCUCAAUGUUCUUGUUGUCAAACACCUGGAUGCAACAAGAAAAGUGUUCCUGUGGUGGCUGUUAUUGGACCUGGAAAGAGUUCAUCGACGAUUGCAGUUCAGAACUUAUUACAGGUUUUUCGAAUACCUCAAGUCGGAUAUUCAGCCACCACACCCGAUUUAUCCGACAAAGAACAAUUUGGUUAUUUUCUUCGCGUUGUUCCAUCUGAUGUCUUUCAAGCACAAGCUAUAAAUCGACUGCUUCAUCAUUAUAACUGGACAUAUGUGGCAGUUUUGUAUUCUGCAGGUAACUAUGGUGAGAAGGGAUUCGAGAGCUUGGAGAGGUUGAUUGCUCAUCGUUCAUCUUCCGUCUGUAUUGCGUAUUCUGAAAAGAUCAAAACGCUGGCAAGUGAUAAUGAGUACAGACAAGUCCUCACUCGAUUGGAUUCUCAAAAUUCUCGACCUCAAGUAGUUGUGUGUUUCUGUGAAGGAGCUUCCAUGAGACAGUUCUUCAAAGCACAAAAACAUUUGGCUGAUGGUAAAAUGCAGAUGAAGAGAUUUCAAUGGAUUGGAUCCGAUGGAUGGGCGGAUCGAAAUGAUGUGGUGGAAGAUUUGGAAGAAGAAGCAGAAGGAUCAUUCUCCAUUCGAAUUCAUGCUCCAAAAAUUCCUGGUUUUCGGCAAUACUACACCGCUCUGCAUCCGGAGAACAACACUAUGAAUCCGUGGUUUCGAGAGUUUUGGCAACAAAAAUUUAACUGUCAAUUUGCCGUUUCCAAAGAAGACAAAAACAACGAGAACAUCAGAAUCUGCAGUGGUGAUGAGAAUCUUGACGAGCAAUAUAAGGAAGAUCCGAAAUUAUCUCAAGUUAUCAAUUCCAUUACAGUCGUUGCAUUGGGUCUAAAGGCAAUGUAUCAGGAUAGGUGUCGAGAUAACUCGACUCUUUGUACGGAAAUGUUGUCAAGAAAUGGAACACUUCUGUAUGAAUAUCUACUGAAUGUAACAUACAGUGACCAAUUCAAACAACCUGUUUAUUUCGAUAGAAACGGAGAUCCACCAGCUUGGUAUGAUAUUCUUAACUACAUCGGAACCAAAGAUCUUGACAAUCCAUACAAUGAAGUAGGAUCAUUCAAGUCCAUCAACGAUUACGGUGUCGAAGAAUUGGAUAUGACUGCCAGAUCAAUGUUCUUCGAUAAAACUGAGAUCCUUCCAGAAAGUGUUUGUAGUAGACCAUGUGGCAUUGGUCAGAGACAAAGAGAGACGAUGGCUUGUUGUUGGAUCUGUGAAUCAUGUCUUGAUAUGCAAUUUGUGAACAAGACUACCAACCAAUGCAUGAAUUGUUCUCUUGGAUCUUGGCCAAAUGCGAAUCGAACGGGAUGUGAAGAUAUCAUUCCAGAAGUUGUUUCAUGGACUUCCUUUGGUCACAUCCUGGCUCUUGUAUUGGCUGUCACUGGAAUUAUUACCAGUCUGGCUACACUUGCAGUCUUCCUUCGACACAAUUCAACACCAGUAGUCAAGAGUACGACCCGAGAGCUCUCUUAUAUCAUUCUUUCUGGACUUGUUGCCUGUUACGCAGUCUCGUUUGCUCUUCUCGCCACACCUUCAUCGUCUUCUUGUUUCAUAACAAGAGUGAUUCCUCCGAUUGCUUUUGCAGUUGUAUAUUCAGCACUUCUAACGAAAACCAAUAGGAUAGCAAGGAUAUUGGCAGGGAGUAAAAAGCGAAUACUGACAAAGAAGCCACGGUUUUUGACUACAUUUUCUCAGGUGGUCAUAACGUGGAUUCUAGUCGCAGUUCAAUGUGUAAUAGUAGGCGUCGGACUGAUGCGAGAUUGGCCGGAUGCCACGUAUGCCAAGUAUGCUCUACCUAGGAAACUGAUUCUGGAGUGCGACACGGAAACAAAGUCGUUUCUGAUUCCAUUCUUUUGGGACUUUUUUCUCAUAUCCCUAUGCACACUUUAUGCAUUCAAAACCAGAAAUCUACCCGAAAAUUUCAACGAGGCAAAGUUCAUUGGGUUCACAAUGAAGACACCAAGAAUUAUGAAAAAAAGAAAAACUCUUGUUUUUAGGUACUGCACGGUGGUUGUCUGGAUAGCCUUCCUGGUUCUUCAUAUGGGAACAACGCACAAAGCUCUUGUAAUGAGUUUUUCCUACUCGCUAUCUGCUUCAGUUGCUUUGGCUCUUCUUUUCUUCCCCAAACUGUAUAUUAUUCUGAUGCACCCGGAGAAGAAUAUCCGAGCGUCGUAUACCACCACAAAACUAAUUAGAUGUCAUUUUGGAAACUCCCAGGCUGCAUAUGAUAGUACUAGUAAACAACAACACCUUGGAUCCAAAACAACUGCUCGAACAUCAGUACAGAGUGGCUCUGCGAGUAAAUCAUCGAGUAUGGGAGGGGGAGUGACUCGAACUGCAUCCGUUCAUGUUCCCGUUUCUCGUGGAAGCACUCAUUCAACUGAUGCUUCGACGCAAACAGAAGGUGUGUUUAAUUUAACCAUCCAUUCCCACUUAAUUAUUUCAGCAGCGAGUAAGUUCUCAAGAAGUUUUUCAAUAGUUGGUAGGAAGAAACAAGGACUGGACGAUGAUGUUCAACAGUUGGUGGAUGCUUGUCGAAGAUAUCAGGACGAGAAAAUAAAUUCAUCAGCUGCAAAUCUAUUGCUAGAAGAAGCCGAAGAUGAGGUAGGAGCACUUUUGGCAGAUUCCAUCGAGAACAGCAUGCGAACUGUGUUAUCCACUGUUGCCGGGAAAGCAGUUGUGCCGUUGGUUCCAAUAGUUCCAAUGGUCCCUGUGCUUCCUGUAGUUCCAGCAGUGGUUUCUAUUCCAACUGCUCCUCCACAAGAAGACAAUUUUGAACAGGUGACAUUGAAAGAAUGUGAAAGCGUGGUCGAAUGGUUAGUGAAAAAGAAUAUGAAGCGGAUACUCUCUGGUUCGACUCACUCGAGCUGCUAA